GAUAAGUUGACAGCUUAUUUAAUAUGAAAUACAAUAUUAGAAGACAUAAGCCCAACGUCUGGCAUUCUUCUGGCAAUGCUGGCAGAGUCUGGACGCUGCAGCUAUUAUUUUAUGUUAAUAUUAGAAAAUGACCUUUGUCUUCUCUAGAUAACGCAUGGAAUUAGACAGCACAUUUAACCAAUUAGACGCUUAUGGAAGUAUGGUUUCUGUUCUACGUGCUCAAGGUCCUUUCACCAACGAAAAACAGAAAUUAUUGCAAGAACUUGCUAAAGUAUUACAUAUCUCCAAUGAAAGACACCGUGCUGAAAUACGGAGAGCUGUGAACGACGAGAAACUUGCAACAAUUGCAGAACAACUUAAUGGUCCAAAUACUGGUAUAGAUUGGACUCUUGAAGGUCGUCGAUCUAUUCCUCUUUUGCCAAGAUUGAAGGCACGGUCUGCAUUUACGACAUUAGCAAAUAGCUUAUCUCUUACCACUGCGAUUGCAAACAAUAAGAAACCUGAUAGGUGUAAUACUGUUAGACAAUCUGGAAAUUCAACAGUGUUAACAGCUGCUGAAACUGAAUCUCAUCCUAGCAUAAAAAUAGAAGAAGGCUUAUCUGUAGAGUCAAAAUUAAAUAGUUUAGAAAAUUAUCUCGACAACAGUAAAACCUCACAAGAAAAUUCAAAUUUGAUCGAAAAUGAGACGAUAGAUAACAAAGAUGUACUUGAUAAAGUUACUGAAAAGCCCAAGGAGUCCUCUCGAAAACGCAAAUCUCCUUCCCCGUUGCCGACGGCACCACCGAAUAAAGUUCUAGUAAUAUCUGAACCACCGAACCAUAUUUCGCGGACUUCUGAAAAUAAGCAAUCACAAGUACUACAAGUAACCAAACAUCAAAAUUUUGCGUUAAUUAAGGUUAACGAGACUUCAGAUUCUGUGGAGAGCACAACAGUAUCAGAACAUCCGAGUGAGUGCACCACAGUUUCAUUAAAUAAACAUGUAAUUGUUACAACAACUUCUGUAUGCACAAAUCGUGUCAGCAAUCCUAAGAUGGCAGUAAGCACUGACCAGAAUAAAAUUAAUACCAAAGUACUACCAGCAAUAUCAAGUUGUAUAUUGAACAUAAACAAAGUGCAUUCAAGUAAAGACACACAACCUCAAGAUAGCACAAACGGUACACAGAAAACUCAACCUGAUAAUACUAACUCAAUAUUAUCUGAUAAUGUUAGUUCAAAUCCAUCAACUACAAAAAGCUGUAUGACGCUUUGUGACCCAAUUAUACAAAAUUAUACUAGAAUGACAAGCGCUCGACUUACACAAUCAAUGCCUGUGUAUCCUGGAACUACAGUAUCGAGUGGUCCUGGGCCACCUCAAGUUAAACAAGUUCCCAUAACAUUAAUGUGUACGAAACUGCCAUCGGAACAAAUUGUAACCUUUGAUCAAUCCACUGCCAAAACGGGUAUUUUUCCCAAGAAAGUCAUAAAUAUGCCUCAUUAUACUAAUACUAAAUUAAAUAAAGCUAACGUGAUCGUUAUCCAGAAGGCAAAAUCUGUAACACUAUCACAUGCAGGCAAGGAAGUACUAGGGAAAGUAAUAAUGGAAGGAAAGAAUCUGUGCGUUACGAGCCAACAUAAUGCAAACUCGAUCAACGUUCAACCCCAUCAUAUCUCUCUGAAUAAUGGAGAUCAAACAAAGACUAUGCUGCCAAUUGCAAACUCGCCACAGAAUGCAGAAUCUAUCAAAACAAACAUAAAGUCUGGAAAAGCAACGGUUGUGUCAGUUACGCGUUUUCGGCACGAUGUUCAGGAGAACAAAGUUCUCUCGCAGCUUUUUGAUUCGCCUGCCAUUUGUAAUGUUGAGAAAUCCAAGACUUUGAUACAGGAUAUAAAUGCGUGUUUGCCAAAGGAAGAAUGCAACAGCGAUAAAAAUACAACCGAUCGAGAGUCAUCUCUAAAAACAGAUUCCAUGAUUACUUCCACAUCGGAAGAAACACAGCACAGAUCAGUUCAGAGUAAUAGUAAUAAUAUCGAGCAUAGGAAAAAUAACGAUGUUAACGUGAGUAUAAAUUCUCAGGACACGAAUCUGCUAGAAUCUUCAAAAUUGUUGGAAAGCAAGGAAAUACUGGUCAGGUCAAAGCAAGUACAUGAUGAUAUUGAAGAUGAUGUUCGAAUAGAAAAACCUGACGAAAAUGUGGAUACGUUUAAUGCGACGUCAGAAUCGAUAAAUAAAAAUUUGCAGAGCUUCCAGUAUCUAGUGGAUAACGACGAGAAUCACGAUUUAGAAAAGUCGUUGAGAUCAAUGGUGACCGUAAACCAGAUGGACGAGCAUGAUGACUCGUAACAACUAAAGAUCUCGCGUUAUACGUGUCGUAAUUAUAAUUACACGACGGCAAGGCUGAUACUUUCGUUUCGAAAGCGUACUGACAUAUUUAUCAUGUAUAAGUAUAUAUGCGUAUAUGUUUCUAUUUAUAUGUAUAUACAUACAAACAC